AUGCCAGAGGCAGACUGUCCGAUAAUUGCUGUGCUUGGCGCGACAGGCAACCAGGGUGGCGGAGUGAUUCGCGCUCUGCUCGCUCGACACCCAAAUGAGUUCCACAUCCGUGCUAUUACUCGGGACUCGGCUAGCCCCAGAGCCCAAAGUCUCAUUCAAGACCACAAUGUCGUAUCUAAGAUGAGUAUUUGUCAGGCCAAUGUCGAUGAUGAGGAGAGCCUCCGUCGGGCGUUCGAGAAUGCAUGGGGAGUGUUUGCUGUCACGAACCACCGCGCAUCUAAUGGAGCAAUCAAUUCAGAGAAAGAUUUGCUACAUGAACUUACUGCCGGGCAGAAUAUCAUAUCUGCUGCCCAGCACUGCAAAGUGCAACACUUCGUCAUUAGCAGCCUGCCGAAUAUUGCCAGAGCGAGCGAUGGCCGGUUCAAAAAGGUUUACCACUUUGACCAUAAGAGUCAGAUUGAAGAGGCCGCACGCUCGUGCCUCCCAUCUGUUACUGCCUUGCUGCCCGGUCUUUUCUACACCAAUAUGUUUUGGUCACAGUACUGUCGGAGAGAGGAUAACGGAAAUGUUCGAUUCUGCGCCGCUGUUUCUGGCGAUACAGUGACGGAAUGGGCCGACCCAUGCCAUGACAUCGGUCUGUACGCAAGUGAAGUAUUUGCCAGGGGUCCAGAAGUUACCAGAUCCCAGCGGUAUCCAGUGACUGGCCCAAAGAUACCUUUCGAUGCGUUUCCAGACUUAUUCACAAAGGUGACGGGGCAACCCGCAAUAUUCGAGCCCAUUACUAUGGGUGAAUGGGGCGAAAUUGUUGCAGCUCGAGUGGGCCAAGGAUUUGAGGAAGACAUCAGGCAGAUGGCCCAAUGGAUCUCUGUAGCGCCGGUCGAGAAGAUAUGUUAUGGAACAAUUAACUCCUCUCAGGACCUUUCGUACGAGCAUCUCGGCCUAAAAGCCUCGACCUUUGAGGACUGGCUAUGUAGGACACGAUGGAAUGGGCCACCUCGCGGCCAGGGGAUUUAG